AUGGACAGCAGUAAUCCAUAUGAUUCAAUUCUUUUGCAUGCACUAAAAAAGGACAGUUCUGAAACAGAGAAGGCAGUAGAAGAGUACAGACGGAGUUUAGCAUCGAAAAUAGCAAAUAACUCAAAAGAAAUGGCAUCUUCAGGUAGCUUUCCGUAUUGUUUGUGCUCUCUGUCUGCAGAAAAGACUGCGCGCGCUGUAUUCAUUGAAAACAUUUCAUUUACUGCGAAAUCUGUGUAUAUAAGUGUUUUAGAAGGCAAUGAUCCAGAACAGGGGAGUGAAAAUAAAAGCAGCACAUCCUGCAGAAAGAAAAGGCUAAGGAAAGAAGUAAUUGUGCUUAGGUGCGACUGCACAGAAAAAAAACAAACAGAUUGGAGUGGAGAGACUAACAUAAAGCUUCUUGCCCUUUUAACUGACUACAAUUAUAGAACACUAAGCAGUCUUAAGCUAAUAAAUGGGAUAUUUUGCAAGGAAGAAGAAAAGAAAGAAGGCGAGACUAUGCUCACCAAGGAUGAAAGAAUCCAGUAUGCAAAGGAACAUAUAGAUAAGAAAGAAGUUCUAGAAGUGAUUGUAUCUGAAGCAGACAAUAAUCUAAAGGGCGCUUUAUUCACUAAAAUAUUAAGAGAAAGCCGAAAAAAGAAGUAG